AUGGCAGGCGAGGAAUUCGAGAUCAUGGCUGGGGAAACUCUCAUAACUGCACUUACCGACAACGACCCCAAGUUCUCCAUGACCCUAAAUGGCACUGACGAAGACUCUACACCCACCGGUGGUCCUUACGUGGUGAUGCUACUCGAUCCCAAUGGCUCAAGACCGGAGAAUGGCACUGGGAGGAACCAAGUCCUGCACUUGAUGAGGGGAGGCUUCUCGGCAGGAAGGUCUGACGGGAGUAUCGAAAGCAACACCGAGCCCAUUGCGAGGUACUCAAAACCCGCACCUGUUGGCGAAGAAGUACAUCGCUACGUUGUUCUCGUUUACAACCAGCCCGACGACUUUGAGGAGAGAGCUUCAGACCGUGUCGAUGUCGAAGAGCGUGACAGUUUCAAUUUGACGAGCUUCGUCCGUGGCACAAACCUUGGCAAUCCAAUCGCAGGAACGUAUUUCCUCCUCGAACCCUCAGGGACCUCGACGUCUGUGCGAUCAUCAUCAACCACUACUAGAUCCACGGGCGCCUUCAACACUGAAGGUAUCCCACCAACAUUCACUCCCCUGAUCGGCCAAGGUCAAAAGCAUGUCGCGGCCUUGGGCUCGCUAUUCGGCCUCUGUUUCGCUGGGUUGACGUUGCUCGUCGCAUGACGGAACAAUGGCCUCAAUACCAUGACCCUACUCCUCGGGCAGUGGGACAGCCUUUCGUUGGACUUCUUUCUUCUGGACUUACACGGGACCCAUUCAUUCCUCAAGGACACUGUUUUGCUAUAGACUUUUAACGCUAUCUAAUUUUUCGGUGUAUCUCACCCUGACACUAAUACUUAUGUGCACAUUUACCACCCC